UACUGACAGCUGGGCAAUGCAUGGAUGACCAAAGCUUUGUAACAAAAAAUGUUCCUCUUGGAGAAGAUGUGACUCUGACGUGUAGUCGCCGGUCUAACUUGUCAGGAUUACUUUUUUGGAUCCGAGUUGUUGCUGGAAAUCUGCCUGAAGUCUUAGGGGCGACCUACACUUUUGAUCAUGGCACUGUUAACAAAACUCCUCGUAUUACAACAAAGCAGGGAACAGGAACAUUUGUUCUCCAUAUAAUUCAAACACAGCUCAAUGACACUGCCUUCUAUUACUGUAAAGAAGUGAUUGAACUCAAAACAACACAGUGGAAUAUUACUUUCCUAAGAGUCAAAGGACCAGAACCUGACAUCCCCAUUGUCAUUCAAGAGUUGCCAUCAGCUCCGAUAUAUCCAGGAGACUCAGUAACUCUACGGUGUUCAGUCCUCUCUGACCCGCAGAAGAAUACAUGUCCAGAGGAUGUGUACUGGUUCAGAGCAGGAAUGAAUGAAACAUAUCCCAGUGUGAUUUACGUUCAUAGAAGCAGUGGUGAUGAAUGUGAGAGGCAGUCUGAUGUUCAUUCUCCUCGAAAAUGUGUCUACAACUUCUCAAAGAACAAGAUCAGCUCUUCUGAUUCUGGAAACUACUAUUGUGCUGUGGCAACAUGUGGACAUAUCAUUUUUGGGAAUGGAGCAAAACUGAAUAUUGAAGACAACAUUUGGUCAUUUGUUGAUUCUCAGGUGGUCAACACAGUUGUGUUUCUAUUGUGUGCUGCUUUGGCAAUAAGUUUGAUGGUUAUAGCCUUGUUGAGUUAUAUCAUCAAGAACAAGACAUAUAAUUGUUCGAAUGCUGCUGCUGCCGUGGAAACACAUUCUACCAUGACCACAGGCAACCACCAACAUCAGCAGGUAAUUGAAGAGCCCUUAGUUUAUUCUGUGCCUAAUUUUACAAAGAAGAAAGUCAGACAAAAUCCAAGGAGGGGUGAAAAAUCUGUCGAUGGACAGAGCAUCUACGCAGAUGUCAGAGUUUUAGGGCAUGAGUAG